UGACGUCACCGCGCACACCGCCGCCAGUCUGCGCCGAACAGACCCGAGACCGAAGCACGAAGUCCCCAAAAGACCGAGACCAAGAUCUGGGACGAACCCGGGACUCAACCAGGUCUAAGCGAGGACUGCACCGGGACCAGACCCGGACUGAACCAAGACUAAACCCGGACUAAACCAGGUCUGAACCAGGACUAACCCAGGACUUGGAAAAGGGGCAAAAGGAGCGGAGGAAAAGCUCAAGUCCCGCGCGCAGCCCCGAGUCCGGACCUGAGGAUCACGGCGGAGUUUGGACCAAACCAGAACUAAACCAGAACUAAACCAGGACUAAACCAGGACCAUGUCGGUCUCAGAGGAACCCGACGGAGCGCGCCCCCGAUACGGCUCGGUGUUGGACGGGGUGGAGCGUCUCACGGCCGAGGAGAUGGACGAGCGGCGACAACAGAACAUGGCCUACGAAUAUCUGUGUCACCUGGAGGAGGCCAAGAGGUGGAUGGAGGCGUGUCUGGACGAGGAGCUUCCUGCGACGACGGAGCUGGAGGAGGGUUUGAGAAACGGAGUUUAUUUGGCCAAACUGGGACAUUUCUUUGCUCCUCAGACGGUUUCGCUCAAGAAAAUCUACGACCGCGAGCAAACACGAUACAAGGCGACAGGUCUUCACUUCAGACACACAGACAACGUGAUCCAGUGGCUCAACGCCAUGUCCGCCAAGGGGCUGCCCAAGAUUUUUUAUCCUGAGACGACCGACAUCUACGACCGAAAGAACAUGCCGCGCUGCAUCUACUGCAUCCACGCGCUCAGUCUCUAUUUGUUCAAACUGGGACUCGCCCCUCAGAUCCAAGAUCUGUACGGAAAAGUGGACUUCACAGAGGAGGAGAUCAACAACAUGAAGUCUGAGUUGGAGAAAUACGGGAUCCAGAUGCCGGCGUUUAGUAAAAUCGGAGGAAUCCUCGCCAACGAACUGUCAGUGGACGAAGCAGCACUUCACGCCGCCGUCAUCGCCAUAAACGAGGCGGUGGACCACGGCGAGCCUCAGGGAACCUUCUCCGCGCUGCAGAAUCCAAACGCCAUGUUGGUCCAGUUAGACCCAGACUCCGCCCACCAAUACCAGGACACGCUGUUCCACGCCAAGAACGCCAAGGUCCAGAGCUCCAGGAAACGGCAAAUGGAAAACGCCGACGCCGAACGUGACGUUUACGACGAACUUCUGACGCAGGCCGAGAUCCAGGGCAACAUCAACACGGUCAACACGGCGGUGGCGCUCCGAGCCGUAGAGGGCGCUCUCGCCUCGGGGGACGAGGAUCGUCUGUACGAGGCCCUCAGAGCUCUGGGCCUCAGGGACCUCAACCCCGACAACAAGAGCUGGUACCUCAAACAGCUGCAGGCCGACAGGGACAACAAGGAACAGGUGUCGCCAGGUGAAGCUCUGACCAAAGAGGAGCUGCAGAGCGGAGUGAACGCCGCCAACGAGUUUUCAGACGGAUACAACAAGAUGCUGGCGGCGGUGGAGCGUAUAAACGUGGCGGUGAGGGCGGGGCUUCCUGAGCGGACGGUGGAGGAGCUGAUGAGGCCCGAGGCCCAACUGCCGACCGUGUUCCCCGAGGCGGCCGACCUUUACCAGAGAGAACUGAGCAGCCUCCAGCAGCAGAGCCCCGAGGGGGCCCUGUCUCACCCGGAGUUGAUGGUUGCCGUGGAGAUGCUGUCGGCCGUGGUCCUGAUGAACUCUGCGCUGGAGCGAGGAGAUAAAGUUGCUCUGUGGAACCUUCUGUCCAGCCCCGAGACCGGACUGAGCAACGUGGACCACGAGACGGCACAGAGAUACAUGGAGGAGCUGUUACGACUCAAAGCUGAAGCAGGAAGUGAAUAUUUGACCUGGAACGACAUCCAGGCCUGUAUCGACCAAGUCAACCAGACUGUCCACGACGAACACCAGAGGAUCGCUGCGAUUGGUCAGAUAAACGAGGCGCUGGACGAGGGCGACCCCCAGAAGACGUUGGCGUCGCUGCAGAAUCCGGCGGCAAAACUCGAGGACAUCGACCCCGCCCUCGCCGCGCACUACCACGACGUCCUGCAGGGGGCGCGCCGCGAGAAAGCACACGAGACUCAGGAUCCUUCUGCUGUUUUGUGGUUGGACGAAAUCCAAGACGCCAUCAGACGAGCCAAUCAGAACACAGCAGACGCCCUCCUCUUCUCUCAGUGCAUUCAGGCGAUAAAUCGAGCCGUAGACGAGGGCGACUCGGCUCAGACUCUGGCGGCGCUCAGGAGCCAGGGGGCGGGGCUUUACGGCGUCACGGCCGAGUGCGGCGACGCCUACCAGACCGAACUCAAGGACCGCAAGGACCGCAAGGAGCCAGAUAACGGCAGUGAGUGGGUGGAGCACUGGGUGAAGGGAGGACAUCAUUAUUAUUACAACCUGAAAUCUGGAGAAGGAACCUGGGUCCAACCUGAAGGAUUCAACCCCAACACAAGUCAACUGAGUAAAGACGACAUCCAGGGGGCCGUGUCGGGCGUGACCACGGCGUAUAACCGUGAGCAGUUGUGGCGAGCGAACGAGGCUCUGAUCACGCGUCUCCAGGCGAGAUGUCGAGGCUUCCUCGUCCGGAGGAACGUCCAGGAACGAAAAGACUUCCUCCAGAACCAGAGCCCCGCUGUCACCACCAUACAGGCUCAUUGGAAAGGAUACAAACAGAGAAAGAACUACAAAGACCGAAAACAAUAUCUGAAGGAUCACAGCGACCAGGCCGUCAAGAUUCAGUCGAUGGUUCGGAUGCAUCAGGCUCGGAAGAAAUACAGAGACCGACUCAAAUACUUCAGAGACCACUUGGACGAGGUGGUGAAGAUCCAGGCCUUCAUCAGAGCCAACAAAGCCCGAGACGACUACAGGACACUGAUAAACGCGGACGACCCGCCCAUGGGCGUGGUGCGUAAGUUCGUGCAUCUUCUGGACCAGAGUGAUCAGGACUUUCAGGAGGAGCUGGAGCUGAUGAAGCUGAGGGAGGAGGUGGUCACAAACAUCAGGUCCAACCAGAGUCUGGAGAAAGACCUGAACCUGUCGAAGGUGGACCAGCUGAAGGAGGUGGUGACGGGAAACCCCACGGUGAUCAAGAUGGUGGUGAGUUUCCACCGCGGAGCUCGAGGUCAAAACGCCCUGAGGCAGAUCCUGGCUCCCGUCGUCAAGGAAACGAUCGACGACAAAACCCUCAACAUCAAAACUGACCCUGUCGACAUCUACAAGAGCUGGGUCAACCACAUGGAGACGCAGACCGGAGAGGCCAGUAAACUCCCGUACGACGUGACGCCGGAACAGGCCAUGACCCACGAGGAGGUCCGCACCAGACUGGAGACGUCCAUCAAGAACAUGAAGAACCUCACAGACAAGUUCCUCUCGGCCAUCACCACCUCCGUCGACAAGAUCCCAUAUGGGAUGAGGUUCAUCUCUAAAGUUCUUAAAGAUUCUCUCCACGAGAAGUUUCCAGACGCCACAGAAGACGAGCUGCUCCAGAUCGUGGGUAACCUGCUGUACUAUCGCUACAUGAACCCGGCGGUGGUGGCGCCCGACGCCUUCGACAUCAUCGAGGUGGCGGCGGGGGGGCAGCUGAGCACCGAGCAGCGCCGGAACCUCGGCUCCGUCGCCAAAAUGCUCCAACACGCCGCGUCCAGCCGCCUCUUCUACGGCGACAACGCCCACCUCACGCCCAUCAACGAGUACCUGAGCGCCGCCCACGCCAAGUACAGGCGUUUCUUUCUUGCCGCGUGUGACGUUCCGUCUCUGGAGGAAAAGUUUAACGUGGAUCAAUAUUCAGAUCUCGUCACCGUCACCAAACCUGUGAUUUACAUUUCCAUCGGAGAGAUCGUCAACACACACACGCUGCUUCUGGAUCACGCUGACGCCAUCGCUCCGGACCAUAACGACCCGAUCCACGAGCUGCUGGAGGACCUGGGGGAGGUUCCCACGGUGGAGGCGUUGCUCGGAGAGAACCCGCUGCCCCCCGACGACCCCAACAGAGACCUGCUCGGGAAAACCGAAGUGUCUCUGACGCUCACCAACAAGUUCAACGUGAGCGCCGCCGGGAACGCCGAGAUGGACGCCAAGACCCUCCUGCUCAACACCAAGAGGCUCAUCGUGGAUGUGAUCCGGUUUCAGCCUGGAGAGACUCUGACCGAGAUCCUGGACUCCACCGCCUCCCCAGAACAGGAGGCCGAGUACCAGAGGGCCAUGCAGAGGAGAGCUCUGAGAGACGCUCAGACCCAGGACCAGACCCAGGACCAGACCCAGGACCAGACCCAGACCAAACGGGACCAGGACGACUCUCUGUCCCUCCAGGGCAAAAAGGACAAGAUCCGGCACAACCUGCAGGUCCUGACCGAGCUCGGCAAAGUGCAGCCGCAGAACCGCUACCAGGACCUGAUCAACGACAUCACCAAGGACAUCCGUAACCAGCGUCGGUACCGUCAGAGGAGGAAGGCGGAGCUUGUGCGUCUGCAGCAGACGAACGCCGCGCUCAACUCCAAGACCAAGUUCUACCACGCCCAGAUCGACCAGUACCACCAGUACAUCCGGACCUGCAUGGACAACCUGACCAAGGGGAAGGUUUCAAACACGAAGACGAAGAAGAGCAAACAGGUUUCUCACAAAUACACGGCGUCUCGACUCCACGAGAAAGGAGUCCUGAUCUCCAUCGAAGACCUGCAGCCCAGCCAGUUUAGAAACGUGAUCUUCGAGAUCUCACGUUCUGAGGCGGUCGGAGUCUUCGACGUCAAAGCCAAACUGAUGGGAGUCCACCUGGAGACCGUCCAGCUGGAGUACCAGGACCUGCUCCAGCUGCAGUACGAGGGGGUGGCCGUGAUGAAGCUGUUCGACCGAGCGACCAUCAACGUGAACCUCCUCAUCUUCCUCCUCAACAAGAAGUUCUACGGAAAAUAAACCCACGGCCAAUUACACUCUGCUCUGCUGUUCUCCGCUCUGCUGUUCUCCUCUCUGCUGUUCUUCUCUGCUUUCUUCUCAGUUCUUCUCAGUUCUUUUUGGUUCUUCUUUGUUCUUCUUUGUUCUUCUUUGUUCUCCGCUCUGUUCUGUUUGGUUCGGUUUUGUCCACCUGAGAAACAAUAAAGUUUUAUCUAACGCUG